AUGUCAGGGACGUACUCUAAUAGUGACAAUAACAUAAACAACAAACAAAUUACCAGCAUUAAUAAUGUACCACACCAUGCUCUGAUAAUCUACAAUAGCCUUUACUGUUCUGGCACCUUAAUACACAGUAAGAUUGUGCUAACUACUGCGAGUUGUUUCCGGAAACGAAAGGAAAAUCCUUGCUUUGUAAAAGUUGGCUCCAAUACCGUAAUUGGUCAAGGACAAGUUAUAUCUGUUGUUGAAAUAAAGAAUCAUGAGUAUUUUGGGUGCAGUAACAGCAUGGAUAAUGAUAUUGCUAUAUUGGUUUUGCAAAAGAAUGUAGAAUUUGGAGAAAACGUCAAAAAGACAAUUCUUGUAGAGCCCGAUGUAGCGCUACGAGUUGGCAUUCCAAUUGAAGUUUCAGGCUGGGGUAGUGUGAAUGUACCAACGAAUCAAAUGAACAAACUUCUGUUGUCUAAGAUGGUUGUAUUGGACAAAGCAGAUUGUGUCAACUACUAUGGCAGUAUGAUAUCGUCAUCAAACUUCUGCGCUAAAUAUCAAUUCGAGCGCCGUCUCAGCGACAAUGGUGGUUCGGCCAUGUAUAGAAACUUUCUAGUAGGCAUUCUGUCUUUCGGGGCUACAAACAAAAAAGAGCCAUUUGUAGCUGUGUUUACGAAUGUCUCGUAUUUCCACAGGUAGGUAAUAUCGCAGAUAACAUGUAAUAUAGUGUAGCAUUACAUUAAAAAUUAA